AGGAAGUGGUCUCUGGGAAAGGCUGUGUUAUCUUCCUGACCGAUGAGGAGUCAGCUCCCAGUUGACAAAGUCUGCCAGGUUCAUUGUUAGCUCACCGCGGUAUUAUCCUGUAAUUAGCAAGAAGUUUUUUCUCCUCCGAACAGGGGACGAUGGAGGUCGACUCAGUCUUUUACACUGACCAUAGUGGAAGAGUCACCAGCAACCCACUGCUGGACCAGCUCCCUAGCUAUCAGUCCCUACUGUACCGUAGGAAGUCGUCGACUGGUGGCACCAAGCGAAGAAGCAGCUCUAGAGCUCGGCUCGGUUCCUCUGGCAGUGGGAAAUGGGGGGUGAGCACAGUCAGCAGACAGGAGGAGAAGCAUAAGGGUCAGACGGAGCAGAGACCCAUCAGGGAACUAACCAAGACCAUGGCUGAGAAACGCAGAGACAAGGCGCAGCGCCUGGAGGAGGCUCGAGAGCUCAGCAGCUGGAGACAGUGGAGGGAAAGCACCCGCAGGUAUCUGAGGAGGCUGAAGGAUGAUGCCCAAGAAUGGCUGAGCUCCCUGCAGCUCUGGAGGGGAGACAUCCACCUGAUAGAGGGGAUGUUUGGCACAGGGAUCCUGUCUUACUUCUCCUUCCUGCGCUUCCUGGUAAUGCUGAACUUGAUCAUCUUUCUGCUCAUGUUCAGCUUCGUCAUGUUGCCCAUCAUCGUUGCCCCCUAUGCUUCAAAGAAUACCACCUACAACCAGAAUGAUGGUAGUGUGUGUAGUGUGUAUCCAAGCAGCGCUCGACGAGGCCUGGUUAUCUUUCAUGAACACAUCACAGAUUUGCUGUCUGGUGGAGGCUUUCUGGAACAGACCUAUCUUUUCUACGGCUACUACAAGGUGGACAAAAUCCACUUUCCAAACAUCACUUAUAAUUUGCCAUUGGCAUACCUGAUGGCCACUAUAGCAUACCUGUUCCUCAGUCUCAUCUGGAUCGUUAAAAGGUCUGCCACGGGAUUCAAGCGUAACCUGGUUCAGGAUGAGGAUCGCUUUCAGAGCUUCUGCAACAAGAUCUUUGCUGGCUGGGACUUCUGCAUCACCAACGAGAACGCUGCGAGGCUGAAGAGAAGCAGCCUGCUCUAUGAGCUCAGGACGGAUUUGGAAGAAGAGAGGAUCAAGCAGAAAAUAGCAGAUCGCACUCGCAAAGAGAAGUGUCGGAUUUACCUCAUCCGCCUCAUCCUCAACCUUUUUGUCAUCGCUGUUCUGGCUUGUUGCUUCUACAGCAUUUACGUAGCCACCAUCUUCUCCCAGAAAGCACAGAGGAAUGACACAAAGGAGAAUUUCAUUGUGGAUCUCAUCUAUGAGUAUCUGCCCUCAAUUGUCAUCACCUUGGCCAACUUCAUCACCCCCCUCCUCUUCUCCGUUAUCAUCAAUUAUGAGGACUACUCUCCUGCCUUCGAGAUCCGCUUCACUCUCAUUAGGUGUGUUUUCAUGCGGCUGACCAGUAUUGGGGUUUUGCUCUUCUCUCUCUGGUCUCAGAUCACUAAAUGUAAAGAGGAGCCCUGCAUCUGUGGCUAUAACCAUUUGCUUUACUCCUGUUGGGAGACCCGUGUUGGCCAGGAGAUGUACAAACUCACCAUCUUUGACUUCAUCAUCAUUGUCGCAGUCACCAUCUUUGUGGAGUUUCCCCGAAAGCUGAUAGUGAAGUACUGUGACUGUGGCCUGGCUAAGUGGUGGGGCCAGCAGGAGUUUGGUAUUCCUCAGAAUGUGCUAGAGAUUGUCUACGGUCAGACCAUCUGCUGGAUUGGCACAUUCUACUGCCCGAUGCUGCCUGCCAUCUGCAUCAUCAAAUACUUCUUUAUCUUCUACAUCAAAAAGGUGUCAUUGAUGAAUAACUGCCGUCCAGCCACACGUCCGUUUCGAGCUUCUAGCUCCAACUUCUUCUUCCUUGGCGUGCUGCUGAUUGGCCUGGCUCUUGCCUGUCUACCUGUCGCUGUUAGUGUAGCACAAAUAAACUGUUCCCAGGCCUGUGGACCAUUUGUUAAUUACACCACCUCCUGGGAGGUGCUGCCAACUGCGGUAUCCCUGCUACCUGAUGGAGUCCAGACCCUGCUCCUCGCUCUCUCAUCAGAGGCGUUUGCUGUCUCCUUCUUUGUUGUUACGUGUUUGGCCAUGUUUUAUGUGAUUGCACUUGCUGGAGCUCACAAGAGAGUUAUUAACCAACUAAGGGAGCAGCUAGCAAUGGAGGGCCAUGACAAACGCUUCCUGAUCCAGAAGCUGUGCCAGGCCCAGAGGCUCCCAGCGCUCAAAUCUCCAGUGUCCAAAUCCAAGCUCCGCAGCAGCAGAAGCAGCCCCAGCUACCAUACCAGCUUCUCCAACAAUUUCAAUGAAGCACUGUUCCUGGCACACCCACCUCCAGACUCCUCCACACAUGUGUGAGGCAAAGAUCUGAUAUUACAGACCAGAUCCAAGACUGGACAAAUUUACUGAAACAGAAAAACUGUUUGAAUGAAUAUCUUCAAUGUUCUUUUUUAUUGUGAAAACACUACAACGUUGUAGCUUCUGCGGACCUGCUGACAUUAAUGCAUGGUCCCUUUUCAAUGUUCUUUUGUUGACAAUCUAAUCAUAAAACUAUUAAGAAGUGGCAAUCUUUGAGUAUUUUUAAACCAAAGCAGUCAUCCCUGGUCAGAUUGUUUUUCUCUGCUGACUAAUUUCUAAGUUCUAAGUUCUCGUAUCUUUUCCUUCUGAGAAGGACUUGCAUUACUAUAACCACUGGAGUGUGAAAAACCUUUAUGAAAUGUAUGCACUUUAAAAGUAUUAACACUAGCAUUUUCUUACUUGUACAACUUUUGUGUUUACAUACAGUACUAUGCAUUCAUUAUAUGUCCUAUGUGUUUUUAAAUCUAACAUUUAUAUCAUUAUUAUUUGCUCUAAGGUUGCACCAUAAUGCAAAGAAAACAGUAUAUUUCACAAUACUAAACUGUAACCAUGUUCUCUUUACCAAUACUGUGACUCAGUUUCUGUAACUCUAAAAUAACCUUUGGGUGAUGGGUAUGUUAUUACUGUGGAUACUGCUUUACUGAGAUUUUGGGUAAAUGUGCUGUUUUUAAUGUUAGGUGCCUUUUAUGUGAUUGCCUUUAACAUUGAACUAUUUACAUGAAAAAUAAAUAUUGAAAUUAGUCGAA